AAGCCACAAACUAAGCAUUUCUAAGCACCAUACCUGAGAACCAAGAAGAAACAACCAUGAUCCAUCCCAAGAGGCUUGCCCAAUUAGCAAGGAAGUGGCAAAGGGUCAAAACAGCCACAAGGGACGACAAUGCAUGCUGCACCACUUCGCCAGUGGCUGACAAGGGCCACUGCGCCGUGUACACAGAGGAUGGGAGGCGGUUCGAGGUCCCAUUGGCGUACCUCGGCACGACAGUCUUCGGUGAGCUGCUGAGGAUGUCCGAGGAGGAGUUUGGGUUCACUGGUGAUGGCAGGAUCACACUGCCUUGUGAUGCAGCAGUGGUGGAGUAUGUGAUGUGCUUGCUCCGAAGAAAUGCAUCAGAGGAAGUUGAGAAGGCGUUCCUGAGCUCUGUAGUGAUGCCUUGCCAGUAUGCAAGCUACACAAUGCCACCUGUGGCACUGCAUCAGCAAUUUGCAGUUUGUAGCUCCUGAAGAUAUGCCGUAUUUUGCAGCUAUUAGUGUAAUAUACUUUGUAUUCUUGUAUGUGAAGUACUCUGACAUAGUUAGAAGGAAACUGUACAUUCUCUCAGUCUUAAUGAACUGGCCGGCAUUAUUCCUUACCGCCACAUUGAGAAAAUUGCGAUGUGAAGCCUUUUUACUCUUGCAAGGCAGCAGUCAAUGUAGCAAGAGCCUGGCAAAGGCAAA